AUGCAGGCUACUCGGGCUUUGCGGAACGCCGCUCGCACGCCUCUCAUCCACUUCCUCGGCAAGCGUACUCCUCCUACUGCCGUGGACCACACCCCUCGAGCUCAUCCCGCCUCUCCCUCGGGUAUUCUUCCGGACUCCUUUGCUGCCUACCGCUCCAAGGCUCAACAACACGGUCCCCUUGGUCGCGCCACUUUUGCUUCUGGUGCCAUUGGCGGCUCCCCCGGUGCCUCCCUUGGUCCGGUUGAGCCGAAGCAGGGCGAAUACUUCGACCGUAAUGAGCUUCCCGAGCGCUUCCACCGAUUGCCAUGGACCGAAGCAGAAAUCGAAGCGAUCGAGACUGGCGGUGCCAGCUUGUUCUCCUAA